AUGACGUCAUCUGCCCCGCUUAAGGACCAGCCGUCACUCUUGGAGAACGAAUGGGUUGGCUUAGCUGCGGGCAUUUAUGCUGAAGCCUGUUCCGGGCUGUCCUACUGUUUCGCCGUCUACUCCGAGCACCUCAAAGAGACCCUUAACUGGUCCCAGACCCAAAUCGACGGGCUUGGAUCAAGCAAGGACUUCGGGGGCGGUUACGGAGUACCGGCAGGGUUGCUUUACAACUUCUAUCCCCCCUGGGUGUCGGUGUUGAUUGGGGCCAGCUUCAACCUAGCAGGCUACCUUGGGAUAUGGCUGACAAGCCUCAAGCUAAUCGCACCCCCGUACUGGCUAGUCUGCGCAUUCAUGGUGAUAGGAUCCAACGGAGAGCCCUGGGUUUCGACCCCAGUAAUGGUCACAAACAUGCAGACCUUUCCGACAGAGCGAGGCCACGUGGUCGGUCUCCUGAAGGCAUACCUCGGACUGAGCGCCGCAAUGUUUGCCCGUAUCUACACGAGCUUCUUCGACGGCUACGCAAGCCGCUUCAUUCUCCUCCAAGCCAUCGGCCCGUUUGUGGUACUAACCGCUGUGAUGGCGUUCGUCAAACCGUACCCCAACAAGCACGACACCGAGCCGCACGAAAUCGAGAAACGGAUCCGGUGGUCGUAUUGCAUCAUUCUGAUCCUGGCGGGAUACCUUUUCAUCACCAUUGUUCUUUCGGAAGUUUUUGUGUUGGGCGUGGCGACUCAGCGGGCGCUGACCACAAUCAUGAUCGCCAUUCUUUUCCUGCCUUUGGCAAUGCCGUUUUUCGGACGUCCGCGGUACAAGCACGUCUCGAGCGAUUUGGACGCCCUCAAUCCGGACGACGAGGAGAGCAGCACGCUGCUGCAGGAGGAGCCCGUUCACACCGACAAGCCCGUUCACCUCGAGAUGCCGGAACUCACUCUUUACGAGAGCGUGCAGACUGCCAAUUUCUGGCUGUUUGCUGCAAUCAUUGGGGCGGGCACGGGCAGCGGCCUGACGAUCGUGAACAAUUUCGGGCAGAUUGCGCGCUCGUUCGGGACGUCGCGCGUUUCGUCGUUCAUCUCGCUGUUCAGCAUCUGGAACUGCCUCGGGCGCCUGCUUGCUGGGUACUCAUCAGAGUGCAUCGUCCGGGCCGGGCUCCCUCGGCCUAUCGCUGCCGUGAUGUUCACAUCGCUUAUGGGCCUCGCGAUCCUCCUAUUGGCAACAGGAGCGUCCUACUCUCUGUACGUGGGGUCGGUUCUGGUGGGCCUGGCUCAAGGCGCGCACUGGGCGCUCAUGCCGGUGCUGACGUCAGAGCUGUUCGGGCUCCGGAACUACGGCGCGACGUUCAACACCGUCACAGUUGCUUCCCCUAUCUCCGCCUAUUUCCUCUCCACAUGGCUGACCGGCACUCUGUACGACCGAGAAGCCGCAGCCCAGCACGCGUCUCAAAUUGACCCCCCCCCGGGGUCGGAACACACGUGUCAUGGCGCAGUUUGUUUCCAGCUCGCGCUGGUACUUUUGAGCUGUGUUUGUGCCGGGGGGGUGAUCUGUGGGCUGGCCCUCGUCAUGCGGACGCGAGGCCUGUACAGACUGCGUACGAAGACGUCCGAAUCUGAAGAGUACUGAGUUGCGGACAAGAUAAACAAGUCGGAUGCUUUUGUACUUGGUUGAAGACGGGACCUUCGACAGCAGCAAUAGGCGUUAAAGAGGGCGUCAGGUCGCCGCGAACUGCAGCGACACAAACGAGUGCCAGGUCUGCUUUGCAGUCGCCGGGACAGGAUCUGCUGACGUACUUUGUCGGCGACGGCAAGCUUGAAUAUGCACUCUGAUGUCGCUUUUUGACGUCAGGCGUUACGGGUCACAGGACGCCCACUUUAAGAGCACACGAGAGACCAAGCAAAGACGGUUUGCUCCUCAGGGAGCCGCACGCUGAAGGACGCAAUACAGGUAUGCAAAAAGCCAAGGUGUAGUUGGAGAUUACUGGGUUCGGCAUCGUUCAAGCGCAACAAGGUAAGUCACACAUCCAGGUGGCACCGACCAGGUAUAGGAGAAACUCCGCAGGCAGACAUCAAUGAUCAUACCUACAAGUUGAUAUAAUAUCACAUGCAGGCAAAGUAUGGGUUGUAAGGUGUAUGCCACCGCUCACGCAGAGGGACUGACUAGGUCUAAGUGCCGUCAAUCAGGUAUACUAAUCUAUGCAGGUUCGUCAUGAUGUUAUGGUAGGGCUCAGCAUUUUUAGCUACAGUGCGAAUUAAAAUUAGGUUUGGGGUUGCCAGUCAACGGUUUAGUAGCCGGGCUGGCACGUGUUGAUCCUUACUGACAAUCUUUAUUGUAGAUUCAGAAUAUCAGGAGCCACUAACAUGUGAAGAAAGAAAUGCAGCU